GAAUAUCAUAGGCAUAUCCAACAUUUGCCAACGGUCAUAUUUGAUUCAUUAGAGAGAGAAAGAUGCCGAAGAGAAGGGUUGCAUCUGUGACAGCAGCAGCAGAAGAAGAUACUUUGCAAAACCAUGGCAAUAAUCCAAACGAAAAAGAGAAUAGUGAAGGAAAUGGGUUCUUUGCUUGCUACCUCUUAACCUCUCUCAGCCCUCGCUACAAAGGCCACACAUACAUCGGAUUUACAGUGAAUCCAAGGCGCCGGAUCAGGCAACACAAUGGGGAAAUUGGGUGUGGAGCUUUUAGAACGAAGAAGAGGAGGCCAUGGGAGAUGGUUUUAUGUAUCUAUGGCUUCCCAACAAAUGUCUCUGCUCUUCAGUUUGAAUGGGCUUGGCAACACCCUGUUGAAUCGUUGGCUGUAAGGAAAACAGCAGUGGAAUUUAAAUCCCUCUCAGGAAUUGCCAACAAGAUUAAACUUGCAUACACAAUGCUCACCCUUUCAUCAUGGCAAAGCAUGAAUAUCACUGUGAACUUCUUCUCCACUAAGUACAUGAAACACUGUGGUGGUUGUCCGAGCUUGCCAGCGCACAUGAAGACCAAAACUGGCUCACUGGAUGAACUUCCAUGCUAUAGUAUAUAUGGUUUGUCAGAGUAUGAAGAUGAUAAUGUUGAUGAUGUAGAAUUUGAUGAUAAUAAUAAUAAUACAAGUGCUAGUGGUUCUGUUCCAGAUGUGAGUGAUGACUUGGACUUUCCUGAUUCACCAAAAAAUCAAAUCCACGGGGAGAAGAUUAGUGAAGAAUUUGAGUGGAUUAAAGAAUCUGAAGCACAAGAAGCAUCUGUUAAUUCAUUGUCUUCACAAGAGCAGCGCCUACCGAUUAGUUCUACAACACCACAGACGACGAAAUCAUCAUCAUCAUCAACAACUACUUUAUUACAAAGAAUAGAGAUCAUUGAAGAAGCUGAUUUUAUGAAUGUGAUGAAUAAAAGUGAUUCUGGUUUGAUUGAACCAGCACAAUCGGAUGCUACAUUGGCAGGCAAUACAAAUCAAACUGUUGGCAGCACAUUUGUUGUGCCUCAUGAAGCUGAAAUUGUUGAUUUGUCCACCCCUUCUCCUAGUUGCAGAAGUGUUUUGGACAGGAAAAAGAGAAGAGUUUCUUCAUCUGUUACUGAUUUUAUUGACUUAACAAACUCCCCUAACUUUGUUCAGUUGUAAGGUUCUGGCCUGCCACAACCUGUAUGGUGAGAAAAGAUUAUUUGUUAAAUAAUUUGCUGUGUCACACCUCAUUAUCUUUCUCUGAUAUGGGUCACACAAAGCAGUUAUUGACCACAGACCAUGACAGUGUAAAAAUGGAGAAAUCUGAACGAAUAAAUAUAAUGUUGUUUGUUUGCUCAAGUUUUGAUUA